AUGCUAAAUGUUUAUUUCUUAUGGAUGCAGCAUUUAGAAGAGGCUCUUGUUCCAUUGUCAAAAGAGAGAGAAAGCUUGUUGCAAGAGCAUAAAGCUUUGAAGGAAAGGCUUGAUCAGGAGUAUGAUCAGCUGGCUGAAAGAAAAAGGGGAUUCCAGCAAGAAAUAGAUGCACUUGGAACCCUUAACACACGCAUCAAAGAGUACCUGGAUGCAAAGAAAGUAGAGAAGCUUAAUGAACUGCAGGAAAGGCAUACCCUAUCCCUGUCUCAGUUACAGAAAUGUGAGGCAAGAAAGCAAGACAUCUCGGUUGAGCUUGACAAGAGCAAACAGCUAUUGCGGAGCCAAGAUCAAUUGAAAAGAAACAUCGAUGACAAUCUGAACUACAGGAAAACAAAGGCUGAAGUGGAUCGACUUGCUCAUGAUAUCGAGUUACUUGAAGAAAAUGUGCUUUCUAUCGGCAGCAAAUCCACUAUAGGAGCUGAUCAUAAGCGGCAUGCUCAAGAGAAGGAGAGGCUUCUUUCAGAGGGGAGUAGGUGUGAAGGAACAAUUCCUGUUUACCAAAGUAAUAUUUCAAAGCACAAACUUGAGCUUAAACAGACACAAUAUAAGGAUAUUGAGAAGAGAUAUUUUAACCAACUUCUCCAACUUAAGACAACUGAGAUGGCAAAUAAGGACUUGGACCGAUACUAUACUGCUUUGGAUAAGGCUCUUAUGCGGUUCCAUACCAUGAAAAUGGAGGAGAUAAAUAAAAUAAUAAAGGAACUGUGGCAGCAGACAUACAGAGGCCAAGAUAUUGAUUGCAUAAGCAUCAGUUCUGACUCUGAGGGUGCAGGCACUCGACCAUAUAGCUAUCGUGUUGUCAUGCAAAAUGGUGGUGCUGAGCUGGAAAUGCGAGGACGAUGCAGUGCUGGUCAGAAGGUUCUUGCUUCUCUCAUAAUCAGACUGGCACUGGCAGAGACAUUCUGUCUGAAUUGUGGCAUAUUAGCUCUGGAUGAGCCAACCACCAAUCUUGACGGGCCGAAUGCGGAGAGCCUAGCUGCUGCCCUAUUGAGAAUAAUGGAAAGCAGAAAAGGCCAGGAGAACUUCCAGCUGAUUGUAAUCACCCAUGAUGAGCGGUUUGUUCAGCUUAUUGGUCAGAGGCAGCUUGCCGAGAAGUACUACCGAGUUUCUAAGGAUGAGCAGUGA